AUUCCUUGAUUUCUUAAGUGUUUGUUCUGUGCUGUGAUUUCUAACCCCUUUUAUGACAUAACCUUAAAAUUUUCAAAAUAUGUCCCUUUAAAAAUGAAUUUAAGCCAAAAAUUAUGUAAACUAUGUCCGGAUGCAACAAGAAAACCCUUGUUCAACUUGUUACGAUACCAAAAACGUGUUUUCCAUCUUUCUUCGAACUUAAGACAAAAAGCUGCAGACUCUGCAGGUGAAACUAGGAAACGGGGCAUAAAAUCUACCCUAUAUUACGUUACAGCCGCGGGAAUCGUAACGGUGGGUUUAAGUUAUGCUGCAGUGCCUCUUUAUCGAAUGUUUUGUCAAGCAUACAGCUAUGGGGGCACCACAGCUACAGGACAUGAUACUGAAAAGGUAUCCUCAAUGUCAGCGGUUAAACAGAAACCUAUUAAAAUAAAAUUUAAUGCUGACACUGCUGCAAGCAUGAGAUGGAAUUUUAAACCCCAGCAGACUGAGAUAACGGUAAGAGACCAAAAUGAAUAAUUGAAGAUUUUAGUUCAGGAUAAAUCUAAAUAUUUUUUUCUUUGGAAAUCACUUAAGGUAUAUCCAGGUGAAACAGCAUUAGCAUUCUAUACUGCCAUGAACCCAACUGAUGUACCAGUAAUAGGAAUAAGUACAUAUAAUGUUGUUCCAUUUGAAGCUGGACAAUAUUUUAAUAAAAUACAAUGUUUCUGUUUUGAAGAACAGAUGUUGAAUCCACAUGAGCAGGUUGAUAUGCCUGUCUUUUUCUACAUUGAUCCAGAAAUUGUUGAGGAUCCAUAUAUGGAAUACAUAAAUGAGAUCACAUUAUCAUAUACGUUCUUUGAAGCCAAAGAUGGAAUGAAAUUACCUAUGCCUAGUUUUGUAAAAAAAUAAUGUAUGUCCUAUUUAUAAAUGUAAAUAAACUUCUUGUUUGUUGAAUCUUU